AUGCAUUUUCAUGGCGACUUUGAGGUACCUGCACCGACAUUUUCUGGUGAAGAAAAAGGCUAUGAUAAACCAUCAAACAUACCAGUUCAUAGUACAAUACCAGUGAACAAUUCAAAUCACAGCUUAAACACUGGUGAUCUGGAGAAAGCAAAUAAUAAUGGAGAAUCUACAUCUGGAUAUUGUACUGUUAUAUCACAGGAAAUACCGUCACCAUCUGCAGAAGCAGUAGUUGCAGAUCAAAGUAAUGGUUAUGGUAUUCCAAAAGAUACAAUUAAUGUCGAUGUUCUCCGGAACAAGUAA